AUGAUGGCCUCACACCCCACAACGGCUGCAGGUGCUAACGGUGAUACUCCAUCUACGCAGCCGACUUGUCAGAAUUGCGGUACGUCGACUACUCCUUUAUGGCGUCGCGACGAGACGGGAUCCGUCCUAUGCAAUGCCUGCGGCCUGUUCUUGAAGCUGCAUGGCCGCCCGCGCCCGAUUUCCUUGAAGACGGACGUCAUUAAGAGCCGAAAUCGCGUCAAGACAAUGCGCCCGGACAUGCAGGUAAAGAAAAAGCAAAGCCUCCCUGCCAGUACCAACGGCAAUAACUUCAACCAUGAUAACGCAACCGCCGCCCUUGCCGCCGUUCGCGCGAACCAACAGAAUGCCACAAACGGACAUGGCCACGGUACAGACUCGCCCGUGUCGCGCACAGCGACCCCGUCUAUAUAUGAUCCCCAUCUGACUGCUUUCCAAGCUAUGGAUCAUUUCCAGUCGGACGGUCUAACUCAGUACCCCAUUCCCGAUGGCUCUCCCAGCCACCAGUCCCCUAUGAACGGCGACCAACAGAUCACCGAUGUCCCGCAGACUCACGAGCAGUUAAUUGCCGCCAACUCCAGCCUAAAGACGCGCGUUAGCGAGCUCGAACUUGUCAAUGAGCUGUACAGAGGCCGAUUGCAACAGCUGGAACAAGAUAUGCAGACCGCUGACAACUACCGCCAUUCUGCCGAAAACUCUGCCAAGGAAGCUGCUACGGAACGCAUGCAACGUGAAGAAAUCCAGCGACAGUUGGAGGACAGUCAUAGGCGAGAGAAUAUCCUUAAGAGGCGACUCGAUGAGAUGGAGCAAGAGAAUCAGGAACUGAAGAUGAAGGUAGAGGAAUCUGAGUCCGAGCGCGCUUCGAAGAAGCCUAAGCUGGACCUGGACGAAGCAAAAGUUGAAGAGACAGAAGUACCGACGCCGCAAUCUGCAUCCUAG